AUGUGGAGAGGCCGUGGCGAUGGUGUUUUACAUAUUGGUUUCCACAACGAAUUAUUGGACUGCUUUCUACUGAAUGUUUGUAAUGUUUGUAUUUUUCGACAGGUCCGAGCUUGGGAUCCCAGGAAGCCGCUUUAUUUUGCGCCAGCGAUGAACACUAUGAUGUGGGAAAACCCCCCUGAAAAGAUCUCUUGA